AUGCGGAAGAACAUUGGUGGUUUGACCCAUGUCCAUAUUCCUGUGAUGUUGAUGCCUGAUGAUUUUAAAGCUUUCAGUAAAAUACGGGUGGAUAAUCAUCAUUUUAAUAAAGAGAACAUGCCAAGCCAUUUCAAAGUAAAAGAAUACUGUCCUCUAGUUUUUCGGAACUUAAGGGAACGAUUUGGAAUCAGUGAAACUGAAUAUAUUAAUUCAUUGACCAAAUCACAACCAGUGCCAUUAGAUUGUAAAGAACGCACAAGCAGCAAACUGUAUGAAUCGUAUGACAAACUCUUGGUGAUCAAGGUGCUCCAGAGUGAAGAAGUUGAGUUCAUGCACACACUGCUCAAGCAAUAUCAUCCCUACAUUGUUGAGAAGCAUGGGAAAACUCUUUUGCCUCAAUACCUAGGACUAUAUCGACUUACUGUUGAAGGAAAUGAAAAUUAUUUAGUUGUAAUGAGGAAUAUUCUCAGCAACAGUAUGCGAAUCCAUUGUAAAUAUGACUUGAAGGGCACUGCUGUAGAUAGAGAAGCCAGUAUUAAAGAAAAGGUUAAAGAUUUACCAACAUUGAAGGAUGGAGACUUUGUACAAGAUGGUUUUAAAAUUUAUGUUGGUCCUGAAAAGAAGGAGAAAUUUUUGAAUAUUCUUACUUCUGAUGUUGAGUUUCUAUCCCGACUGCAUCUGCUGGAGUACUCUGUGUGCUUAGGCAUCCAUGAUCGCCAGCAGGUGGAGGAAGAAGAGGAGCAGGAACUAGAAAGCCCUGAAGAUGAAGAAUAUGGAGACGAAGAAGGGAGUGAAGAUUCAGCAAGGGUACCUACACCUCCUGACUCUCCAAAAAUCAUUACUGUACUACCAAAUGGCAUUAAAAACCAACUCUCUCAUCCGUAUGCCAUUCCAAGUUGUGAAGAUUCUCCUAGAAAGGAAGUUUACUUUUUGGGUUUAAUAGACGUGUUGUCUCUCCAUGGCACUAGAAAACGCACUGCUACAAUAGGAAAUUUGCAGCCUGAUCAAUAUGCAAAGCGGUUGGUGGACUUCAUAUCGAAAGCAAUGUUGUGA